AUGAAUCGCGACAAGAAGAACCGGUUUCGCGGGACGGCGGGGAUGCGGCCAGUGUCGGAAUCCACGCGGAUUUCCGUCACCGCCAGGCUCGAAGAGUUCCGCGACGGAACCGAACCAGAGAUGACGUUUGAGGCGGAUUUGAGCAACCAUGACAGGGCUGUGGUGCACGAGCUGCUGUGCUGGAAGAUGGGCUUCGUCUCUAGAAGCUGUGGUAGAGCAGCAGCAGGUGACACGCCUGCUGGUCCCCAGCCCACCCUCUCCUCCUCCCUCCCCUGCCAGAUCACAGCAAGGCGGCAGCAGCUGCUGAUAAUGGCGUAUCGGGAGGAGAUCACGCGGGCAAUGGAGCAUCACCAGGUGGUGCUGAUAGUGGGGGAGACGGGGUGUGGCAAGACCACCCAGGUGCCGCAGGUCAUUCAUUCUCCUUCUGCCCUGCCCAUUCCCCGACCCCCCUUCUCCCCUCCGCCCAUACACUUCCUCUUUCUCGCCUUCCCUCCCCGGCAGAUCACACAGAAGCGGCAGUCACUACCCAUCAUGGCGUAUCGAGAGGAGAUAACGCGGGCGAUAGAGCAGCACCAGGUGGUGCUGAUAGUGGGGGAGACGGGGUGCGGCAAGACCACCCAGGUGCCCCAGUUUAUUCUGGACCACGAGUGGGGGAAGGGCAGGCGCUGCCGCGUGCUCUGCACCCAACCCAGACGAAUCUCCGCUACUUCUGUGGCUGAGCGCAUAGCAGCGGAGAGAGGGGAGAAGAUCGGGCACACAGUGGGGUAUCAAAUCCGGCUGGAGUCGAAGGGAAACCGCUCCUCAUCCCUCUGGAUGUGCACCAAUGGCGUUCUGCUGCGCCGCCUCGUGGGGCUGGGUGCGCACUUGCACAGCAAAGAAGGGGGAAGGGGCGCGCAGGGCGGAGGAGGGGGAGGGGGAGUGGGGAGUGGGGAGGGCGGAGGUGGAAGUAUUGUGGAGCCGGGGGUUAGAGAGGCGAUAGCUGCUGCUGUGAAGGGAAUGGCAGAGGGUGUGGCAGGGGAGGGGGAUGGGGAGGGGGAGGGGGAAGGAGGGGGAGAUGGAGAGGGGGAGGAGAAGGGGGGAGUGGGAAGGGAGGUGGAUGCAGAUGUGCUGGCGAAGCUGGAUGCGACUCACAUCAUUGUGGACGAGGUGCAUGAGCGCGAUAAAUUCGAAGACUUCAUGCUCAUCAUUCUCAGAGAUCUGCUACGCCUGCACCCCACUCUCAAGCUGGUCAAUGCUAGAGUGCCUCAUUCUCCCUGCAAGAAUCUCGUGCUCUCACCUCGUGCUCUCCUCAUGCUCACCUCACGCUCUCCUCAUGCUCUCCUCAUGCUCACCUCACGCUCUCCUCAUGCUCACCUCACGCUCUCUUCAUGCUCUCCUCAUGCUCUCCUCAUGCUCACCUCCUGCUCACCUCCUGCUCACCUCAUUCUCACCUCCCUGUUUAAUAUGUUUGAGCAUUCUCGAACAGCCUUUCUCCUUUUUGAGGCGUCUGUCCCUCCUAUUCUGUUCAUUUUGUAA